GGUAGUAGCUCAACACACAACAGUGUAUCCUUGAAAAGCCUUAGCUUACAGUGCUUCUUGAGUGACAAUUUAAAGAUGCGCCCUGCUCUCAGAGAGUGUUACGUAGUGCAUUACGUAGAUAAGUCAAGUGGUCCUCCUCUCCCUUACGUCUCCGCUGGCAGUCAUCUUCCCAGUUUAAGGUGUUCCCCAACCCCAGGAUACGACCACGCAAGACACGGGGACGGCACGCUACCUCUCGAUUGCACAGAAGGCGGCUGAAGGUCUUGGGAAUAUUCUUAGGAUUGCACUCCCCUUUUGGCAUCCUGCCGAGCGCACCACACACGUCCUUUCAUCGCACCGCAGAGGCUGAAGGCGAGUUCAUCUCCAUGAUGUCAUCAUAUUACCACACUGGGAAGGAAGCGGACAUGGCGACUAUGGCGGAACCGCUAUGUCUCGAAAGAGAUAUCUGUCGAGUGAUUGAGUUGUUGGACAGGUUGCAGAGAAGUGGGGAGCUGCCCCCACCCAAACUUCAAGCCCUUCAGCGGGUUCUUCAGAGCAAGUUCUGUGCUGCAAUCAGAGAGGUGUAUGAGCAGCUCUAUGACACGCUGGACAUUGUAGGGGGCCCUGAAGUACGAGCCCAGGCCACAGCCAAAGCCACCGUAGCCGCCUUCGCUGCCAGCGAGGGGCACGCUCAUCCCCGCGUGGUGGAGCUGCCCAAGACGGACGAGGGCCUGGGCUUCAACAUCAUGGGGGGCAAGGAGCAAAACUCGCCCAUCUACAUCUCCCGCGUCAUCCCCGGCGGGGUGGCCGACAGGCAGGGAGGCCUGAAGAGGGGCGACCAGCUCCUGUCAGUCAAUGGCGUGAGCGUGGAGGGUGAGCACCAUGAGAAGGCUGUGGAGCUGCUGAAGGCGGCCCAGGGCUCGGUGAAGCUGGUGGUGCGAUACACCCCAAAGGUCCUGGAGGAGAUGGAGGCUCGCUUCGAGAAGCUGCGCAGCGCACGGAGACGCCAGCAACACACCAGCUACUCAUCCUUGGAGUCCCGUGGUUAGCCCGUCUCCUCCUUACUUCUUCCAAAGAGCGUCCCGACGUCAGUCCGGCAGGAAGGCAUGUGGUUGGUUGUCGUGUAAGAGGAAGUCAGCGUACUGUAGGGUUGACUUAGCUGUGUUGUCCGUAUGUUGCUCUACUAUCUCCAUCUAAAUUAAGCCUCUAUUAUACACAUAGUUGUGUGUUGAAGCGUAUAGCUCCCCCGUCAGAAGACAACCUCUCCCGCCCCUUUUUUUAUUCUAAAUAUCUAUGCGGUCUCAGUACCUAGAUUGUGUUGUUAGUCCUGAUUUGAGAGAAAGAAAGAGAGAGAGAGACAGGAGCUGACUUGCUGUAGCUUCUGAAACUGUAUAUAUCAGUACAUAGUGCAUACCUCCUGGCAGACUUGCUGCAUGCGGAUAUACGUAUGGUGCACUUCCCCAAGAAAACAUCAGGAAAGAAGACGGUGUUCAUCCUUCCUCACUCCCUCAUAAGGCUGCUGGCGUCAAGACUGGUGUGACGUUCCUUUUCCAGACAUAUCUGUUCUUGACAGAACUAAGGACUUAAGCUUGAUUUAAACAUUGUUUUUUUUACUGUUUGUUUUUGUUUGUUUGUUUGAUCAUACCCAGUUGGGUCACAUUCCUACUCCUUUCUGCAACUUGUGUUGGUUUCAUGCCCUGUGUUGUCAUAUCAUCCAUCUCAUUGGUCUGAUUACGCUGGUGAAGCCGAGACAAGAGACCACUGGUGGAGGGGACCUGUCUGGUCAGAGAUAUUGGUGUGGGGCUUGGAAGGUCAUGCCUGCCUCUGACCUGACCUGCCUGCGGAAAUGCAACCCCCUCAACACACUGUGCCCACACCUACACUGUAUUUACGUUGUACUUACCGUAUGUAUGUACUACUACUGAUUAGUUCAUAACAA